AUGGCGUGGACCGAACCACAGCUCCAUCGAGACCUACAGCCAGAGUCCAGUCUGGCAGUUGGCAAACUGCUGGCCCGGACUGCGUUUCCAUCAGCAGCCCUUCUCCUUUUGCUCGCUGCCUUUGUUGGCCCCUGCAGGGCCGGUCCACCCCAGCCCGCCCGCCCUCCCCUCCUGUCUGGACAGCCUUUUAUUAUCUUCUGGGGCAUUCCUGACUCUUCCUGCUCCAGCCAACUGGAUCUUACAUCUUUCGGCAUGGAGCGAGAGGGCCGUGUGGCCAUAUUCUAUGAAGACACACUGGGGAACUACCCAUAUUUUGUAGAUAAAAACACACCAGUGAAUGGCGGGCUUCCGCAGCACACGCGGCUGGACGGCCACAUCCAGAAGACACAGCAAGACCUGGAGACAGCUUUACCAGCCCCCAGGUACCUGGGGCUGGGGGUGGUGCGCUGGGCAGAGUGGUUCCCCCAGUGGAACAGGAAUCAGGAGGAACGGGCCAUGUAUCAGGAUGCAUCCAGGAACUUAAUGACGAGUUUCUUCCCAAACUGGACGCCAGAAGAAGUUGAGAAGUGGUCACAGGUAGACUUCGAGGCGGCGGCCCAGUCAGUCAUGAUGGAGACGUUACGAGAGCUGAAAAGGUUGAGGCCAAAAGCGUUGUGGGGGUUCUCCCCUUACCCUGGCUGCUACAGCGACCCCACUCAGACUGCAUUAGCCAAUUACACCGGCCAGUGCCCCCCAGCAGAGACGGCCCUGAACGACCAGCUCGUCUGGUUAUGGAAGCGAUGCUCUGCCAUCUACCCCCUCCUGACCCUGGAGAAGCUGCAGGGCGGGACCCCCGGAGCAAGGCUUUAUUUAUCAGGUCAAAUAAAAGAAGCACUCCGGGUGUCGUCUCUGGCCCAAGCAGACUUUGAUCUGCCUGUGUUUCCUCUCAUCAAGAGUGUCUAUGCCUCAACUAAAACCUUCUUAUCACAGGCUGAUCUAGUCAACACGAUAGGAGAAAGUGCUGCGACAGGAGCUGCAGGAGUGGUCAUCUGGGAGAGAAGUGACACCAAGACAGAGAGAGAGUGCCAGGAUCUGGCAGAGUUUGUUCGCAAAGUCCUGGGACCCUACACUGUCAAUGUUACCGUGGCAACUCAGCUCUGCUCAGCCUCCCUCUGCCAGGGGAUGGGUCGAUGCAUUCGUCAAAACCCAGACAGCUCGGUUUAUCUCCACCUCCCACCCCCGUCCACUGUGGCAGAAAAAGUGACCGAAAAGGCAGAGACAGCUAAAUCCACCGAUCAGCCGGUGACCGACACUAAAGCAGCUGAGCCAGAUCCAGCUGAGAUCUGGAAGAAAGAUUUCCAGUGCCAGUGGUACAAGACCUCAGACGGGGACGUCUCAGACCGCCAGUCCCCGAAAGACGGAGCGUCUGCCGGGGGAAAGGCAGAAGGGAACACUGGAGGUGUAGAGGGGAUACCGACCGCCUCCCCAACAAAAAGUGCCUCUGAGACUGAGCUGAGGGGAAGCGGGUCACCUGACACUGGCAGUCCAGUGCCUUCACUGGAAGCACCUACAGACGAUGCCGCCGGUUUGACCGCUGCCCCCCACAUGGCGGUUCUGCUGCUGCUCUGGGCAGGAAGCUUAUGCCUGGGACCUUAAACUAAUUCAGCCUUCACUUAGGAGGUCUGCAUUAGAAAUGCAAAUAUGAACCCCUCUGAAGUGCCCUUAUGACAGACAAUGAAUCCUGGAUAGUUACAGGUGUGUUGCUUUGUUAGUGGAACAUAAUCUAAAUAUUAUUUCUUAGAUUAUUUUUUUCUUAGAAAAGAAAGCUAGAAUAUAAAACAAUUUAUCACUUGAUGUGCCAAGACACAGAGGGACAAAAUGCAAUUUUAAAAGGGGGGGGUUCCAUUUAGAAUUGUAAUGGAAGCAGAAAUCGCAAUGAAAAUGU